AUGCCAACAAAUGGUCUGUACAAACUACAUCCUGGACAAGCUUCUGAUCUUGAUUGGUUGGAAUGUAACAUGGCUGGUCUAUUUGAUUUAGAUCCUGCCCAUGUGCCACAACUUGGACCACCAGAUUUUGAAGCUUACAAGUCAGGCAGACAACCAUCUGUUCUAUUUGUUCAUGAAACGCCUAUCAACUUUGUCAUUGAGUCUACUCCACUGCGAGACAAACCCAUAGACUUGGCUUACAAGUUGUCACCCUCUGGACCUCGACGCAGCCCACGCUGCAAAACACAUUCUGAGGAUGGAAGGUGGAACUCAAAGGACAAAUCUGUAGAUCCAGGCCCACCGUCUCAUGAUCCAAAUGCUCAUGAUCCUGUCCUGACAAUGGAACCAAUGUAUAAGAACUUGAGCUCUGCAAUGACAUCGCAUGAACGCAACUGGGAAUGCCCGUGCACAUACUUUGAGUGGUUGCCCAAGCUAGAUAUCCAGAAAUUAUUUCUGUGGACUAUUGUCUAUCUAGCUAGAUCUCCUGUGGAGGCCCACCAUGAACACAAAUAUCAUCUCUUGGCGUCAUCCCUAGAGUCUAUUUGUUACAUGUUAGGCACAGUAGGCAACAUGGAACAUCCUGGUUGCCACAUGACCUACCAAUUUCUGUUUCUAGAAAGGAACAAUUUUUUGUUUCCUUCAGAAAUCUGCUCUGCUCGAUCACCUACCAAGCUACACAAACGUCUUGAUCUACCUGAUGGGGAGGAACUCACGCUCCGUACAAUAAUCACCUCAAUUGAUCUAUCUGAUGGGGAGGAGUUGGCACCCCCUACAAAAAUCAAAUCCAGUGACAAUCAGACCAUUAAGACCGUUGUUUAG